UUUUUCCUGCAAAAGGCAGUUAGGAUUUUGGUUCUUUUAAGGUUAAUACAUAUUUACACCGGAGUAUUAAACAAGACAAACAGAGCACGGCGAUAGAGACCGAAAUAAAUAAACAAAGAAACCAGAAGGAAGAGCUUAUCGUCUCCUUUGCAUUAUUUCCAACAAUCAUGAUCAUAUCCGAGAAGAAUCGCAAAGAUAUAUCCAAGUACCUGUUUCAAGAGGGAGUUUUAUUUGCAAAGAAGGAUUUCAAUCUUGCAAAACAUCCAGUUAUCGAUGUACCUAACCUACAGGUGAUCAACCUCAUGCAGAGCUUCAAAUCCAAGGAAUAUGUUAGAGAAACAUUUGCUUGGAUGCAUUUCUAUUGGUUUCUCACCAAUGGUGGAAUUGAAUUCUUGAGAAAUUAUCUUAACCUACCACCUGAGGUUCUUCCUUCAACAUUGAAGAAGUCUACAGUAGCCAAACUCGGCGGUCCACAAGGAGAUCGACGUGGUCCUCGUGGUGACGGAGACAGACCACGGUUUGGUGGUGAUCGCGAUGCAUAUCGUGGAGGACCCAGAGGGCCAGCUGGUGAAUUCGGAGGAGAAAAGGGUGGAGCACCUGAGGGGUUCCAUCCUUCGUUCAGAAUCCAAGCGGAGGAGGUGGUUUUGGUCGUGGUCGUGCUGGACCUCCGAGCUCUGACCUUGCUUGAGUGAUGCAUGCUCUUCCAUUCAAUUUUGAAGCUUGAAGUUUAUCCAUCUAGGAAAACUCUGACCAAUUUUAAAGCUUGAAGUUUAUCCAGGAAAACUCUUGACUUUUUUAAGAAUUUAAGUAGUGACACUGUUUUUAUUUGUUCUCUUAGGAACUGUAAGGUUAUUCAGUAUUAUGUUUUUAAUAGAAUGAUUUUUUUAGGGACCAUGGUUUUUUUGAGGGGACCAUCGUGUUAUUAGGCCACCUUCCCAAUAGUUAUAAGGGGUGUCCUAAAAUGUUGAAAUGACUAACCUACCCUUAACCUAAUUUAAUUUAAAACCAACCUAAUAAUCAUACUAAUCACUAAUCUGUUACAGGGCCUACGGCUCAUGGAUGUGCGGUCCAAAAGGAUAGUCUUUUGGUCUUCCAUUUUCAUGUAUAUAAAGUAUUUAUCCAUGUAACUAUACUAAUU